UUUGCAGCCGCUUUUGCAGGCAGGUUUCUCCGGGUCUCCGGCUGUCAGGCUCCGGCUAACACAGCAUCUCAGGUUGCUGGUGCAGAGAGGAGGAGGAGGAGGAGGAGGAAGAAGAAGAAGAAGCAGCAGCGUUUACUGUAGUUUCAGGAGGCCCGUGUCAAAAACAAGAAGAGCCCGAGAGGAGCAGACAGGCGCUCAGGCAGAGGUACGACUUCAGGACUUAAGAUUGCAGCCUGGACCAAACAACAACGUCUCAACGACAUUUAUGAAGCUUUUAGGGCCUUUUGAUUGAUCAGCCAAUCGAUGGGGAUUUUCAGAGGAGCUCCGCCCACCAUCGCUGCCUGCCCUCCUCCUGCCCCCUCCCCCCGCGCCCCCACCCUCUCCGUCAUCCAGCCCUCCAUACACAAAAUGACUCUGGAACUCACUGAAUGGUCUUCUAUAUGGAUUUUCACUGCUUGUAAUAGACAGUAAGAAAAAAAAAAAAAGAGGGAGACAACCUCAAUGACAAAAAAGCCAUAAACACACACACCACACACACGCACAGACACAGACACACACACACACCACACCACAGACACGCAUACACAAACACACCACUGGCAUACACAAACAGGCAUGAAAACACUGACAUACCAACAUACGCAUUGAAGCUUACAGAGUUUGCCAGGCAUGCUCUCACCUGACAACACACUCACAAAGAAGCAAACGCACAAACUCCCGCUUGGAAUGUACCGCAAACUCUACCUGUGAAAAUUCUGCUGCUUCCUUUUUAUUUUUGGGGAUUUUUUGGAAAGCUGAUUUUUGUGAUUCUUCUUUUUCCCCACUCAGUGGAGAAAACGAGGCGGCAAGAGGAGGAUUUAAACAAAACGCCUUGAAUUUGACGUGUUUUUGGACAACUUAGGACAAAUGAUUGCUGAUUGACUCUUUUGUUUUCUGUAUUUUAGCAGAUCAGGAAAUUGAGAUUUGUGUUGGGUGUAUUGAUAAUAGUUUCUUUUUUAAAUUUAGAUAGAUUUCAUGACCUAGCGUGCUGGGAUAUGAUCUGUUAUUCUUGUGGUAUUAGCAAUUGAUCACUUCACCAACACCUUUUUAAUAGGUAAUAACUAGCAAGUUACAACGACAGGCGAGUUGUAGCAUGUAAAGAUUGUAAUUCAGUUACUUCCAGGAAGUCAUUACUAGUUUUUAGAGUAACUACAACCUUGAUCUACAAAGUAGUUUGUGGAAGUAGGGAAGUGGUUGUUUUUUCUUUGGUAGUUCUCAGAUUUUUCAAGGGGUGCGCUUGUUUUCUUGUUGCGUGCAUGCUUACCGCCAUGCCUCCUCAGAACACAGAGGCUGACGCUAUGCAGGUCGGAUCUCUGGUUGGCGGUGUCAACGACAAAAAUUCCUCUGCAUCGGGAUUGGACGGGGAGAAUGGAGGAACCGGAGGCAAGGCGGAUGGAUCGGGAGGAGGUGGGGGAGGAACCCGUGGUGGUGGGGAGGAGGUGGCGAGCGAAGAAUCGAUAGAAGGCAUCACCAUGAAAAGAUGGUUGAUGCACGGAGCUGUGAUGUUUGGCCGGGAGUUCUGCUACGCCAUGGAGACGGCGCUGGUGACGCCCGUGCUGCUGCAGAUUGGUCUUCCAGAGCAGUACUACAGCCUGACGUGGUUCCUCAGUCCCGUCCUUGGCCUCAUGUUCACCCCUCUGAUCGGCUCGGCCAGCGACCGCUGCACUCUGCGAUGGGGCAGGAGGAGACCGUUCAUCCUGGCUCUCUGUAUCGGCACGCUGAUCGGAGUGGCUCUGUUUCUGAAUGGAUCGCUGAUAGGUCUGUCACUAGGUGACGAGCAGGGAAAACAACCGAUCGGCAUUGUUCUCACCGUGCUGGGAGUCGUGGUGUUGGACUUUUGUGCAGACGCCACGGAGGGACCAAUCAGGGCGUAUUUGCUAGAUGUGGCAGACACAGACGAACAAGACAUGGCGCUCAACAUCCACGCUGCCUCAGCAGGUCUUGGCGGCGCAGUCGGCUACGCUCUCGGAGGUUUAGACUGGACGCACACCUUCCUCGGAUCAAUCUUCAAGUCUCAAGAGCAGAUCCUGUUCGUCUUCGCCGCCAUCCUCUUCUCAGUCUCUGUGGUGUUGCAUCUCUUCAGCAUCGAGGAGCAGCAGUACUCCCCCCAACACGACAGGCUGGAUCAGGAGAGCCCAGAUCCCAACAAAAAGCAACUUUCGUCCAAUGGCAAGGCAGCAAUUCUUGGUCCCAAGUUGGAAAUGAUAGGAGAGAAUGAAACGAUGGACAGCUACGACCUUUACGACCCCUAUGAAGAUGACAUGUCAGAUCGGGGAGAUAGUGAGAUGGACUUUUUAGAGGUGGAGCUUGUAAGAAGUAAAAGUGACAGUGUUCUCGCCAUGGCUGACGGCGACCACCUGGACCAUGAUGCAAUGUUCUUGUGCCACCUAGAGCCGUCCAUCUUCACCGACCGCCUUUCGCCCUAUCGAGGCUCGCCACCUACGAACUCCUCCUUCUUCAAUGCCAAUCACAGCACUCCCCCUCCGCGGUUUACCAACAUCAGACGCAGCAGCAGCACAGGAAGCCAGGACCCGCUCCAGCCCCAAACCAACAACAACCACCAAACAAACGCUCUCACACCCAGGAUUUCCCGCCUCUCGGCUUUCUUGCAAGAAAUGGAGAACGACGACGGACAGGAGGCGCUGCUCAACAACCAGCUCAAUGAGCAGCGGACGCUGAACGGUCGGCUGUUAGCUGGUGUAACCAAUGCUGAUAGAUUUAACACCAACAGCCUGAGCUCUAUAGGGCAGGCCCACCGUGCUGGAAUGGUCAAAGCCGCCAGUACCGGAGCUCCCAUGAGGCAAUCGCGUCACCGCCAUAUCUUCUACCGCCAGCCGUCCUGCACCUUCUCCUACUACGGCCGAGUAGGGAGCCACCGUUACCGCUACCGCCGGGCCAACGCCGCUUCUCUCAUCAAGCCGUCUCGCAGCAUGAACGACCUGUACGAGGUGGAGACCAGACACAGGAGGAGGAGUCGACAGAGGAACAGACACAGAAGCGGAAACACCAACUCCUCCAGCGGAGACACAGAGAGCGAAGAGGGCGAGGUUGAGACCACCGUGCGACUGCUGUGGCUCUCCAUGCUGAAGAUGCCUCCGGAGCUGCUGCGACUCUGCGCCUGUCACCUGCUCACCUGGUUCUCCAUCAUCGCCGAGGCCGUCUUCUUCACCGACUUCAUGGGACAAGUCAUCUACCACGGAGAUCCCACCGCUCCUGCCAACUCUACUUUGCUGGAAAACUAUCACAGAGGAGUUCAGAUGGGAUGUUGGGGACUCGUUAUAUACGCCAUGACUGCUGCCACGUGCUCAGCUCUCCUUCAGAAAUACCUUGACAACUUUGACCUGAGCAUUAAGGUCAUCUACAUCCUGGGGACACUUGCAUUCUCCAUAGGAACUGCUGUCAUGGCAAUCUUCCCUAAUGUGUAUGUCUCCAUGGUGAUGAUCAGUACCAUGGGCAUCAUCUCCAUGAGUAUCUCCUACUGUCCGUACGCUCUGUUAGGACAGUAUCACGAAAUGAAACAGUACAUCCAGCACAGUCCUGGAAACUCCCGGAGAGGCUUUGGCAUUGACUGUGCCAUCUUAUCGUGCCAGGUGUACAUCAGUCAGAUCAUGGUGGCCUCCGGUCUCGGUGCUGUGGUGGAAGCUGUUGGCAGCGUCCGUGUUAUUCCCCUGGUGGCCUCUGGGGGCUCCCUCCUUGGAUUCUUCACUGCGUGCUUUUUGGUCAUUUACCCGUCGCCAAACAGCGGCGGUGGGGACUCGGCCAAAGCUUCGGAAAAACGGGCCUUGAAAAAGCCGGAAAAUCCCAACAGCACGGCCGUAGCCGUGGUGAAAGAGAAACCCAGCUUCCUGAAACUCAAUAAGGAGGGAAAGGCCACGACCACCACCACUUCCUGUCACACGGAAAACGAGUCUGCCCUGUGAUUGGCUGGCUAAAUUCAACAGAGACUUUGCUGCAAACACAACUAAAUUCAUUUUAAUCAUCAAUGCUGUUGGAAAAGACGAAAGGAUUUACCCUCCAAUCUCGCUGUUCUGGAGUUUACAGACCUCUGGAGGAGAGAGGGGGGCAGUCGGGAAAAACAGAAGUCCAGAAGACCAGCGUCAUACCAGACCAACUUACCCCAAAAAAAAAAAAUCAUUCUGGUCCCAGUGCUGUUUUAGCUGUCUCCGAAAAACCUUUCAUUUAAACCUCACAUCGCCCAGAAGUGAGUCAUUCACUGGUCAUGGUUUUAAAGCAACACUAUGUAACUUUUACUGAGCAGCAGCGCCCUCUGCAGCCACAAGUGGUGAAUACAUCUGUAAAGCAAAGAAAAAUUAGCUCAGUCCCACUUGCUGAACUAAAACAUGGCAGAAAGGUGUUUAUUCCUCACGAUUCUCGCUCCCCGAACAAGAAGCGCUGUCACUGUUACAAGCUCCAAAGUCGUUUUGGAAAGUUGUCUCGUUGAAUAUCGAAGAUUGAUCGGAGAUUUAAUUGAACUUGCUGGGCCGGAUUCCAGUUUAAGUUAAGUUUAAGCUGCAACGAUCAUCUAGAAGAGAAUGUACUCACUCACCAAAGUUACAUACAGUGACGAGGCGUUCAGGAAUGCGGAGUGAGAAUGAAAGAGGCACCAUUGACCCUUUUUUAGAAAUCAGAGUUCCAUCUAAAUGAUUCUUGAGCUGUUAUCUUAGAGUAAAGUAGUUGCAUAGUGUUGCUCUAAGUUGAGGUCUUCUCUGUCUCUCAGGGCCUCUAGGAGGUGCUACUGAGCAGCCGCCUGGACAGGAAACUUCAGGGGAUUCUCAUUCAUACAAACUCUCACAUGCACAUAAACACCUCUUCAUCUGAAUCAGAUGAACACCUGAAUAAUGAAUGCUGUUGAUGAACAUUAGUCUUCGAAAGCUGCAAUCAUUAAAAAAAUAUUGUUCUUCCUCGCUGUGGAAUCGGAUCGAUGGAAUCUUUGCUUCGUCAUGUGGAUGCUCAUCGACGAGAGGGUGUGUGCGUGCGGACUUGGCGUCACCAAAGUGAACACACUCGGUUUUGCGGGACCUUAACAGCACUCAGCGACAGUAGCUUUAAGACUCUAGAGACUCUUAGAAGUGGCAUUUCUGAAACUGAGAGCCCGAAGCCUGUUUCAACAGGGGAAAUAAUUGAUCUGGAGCCCCCACGUUGAUUGCAGGUGAUCUGUUUUGCCCUCCGUCACACGGCAGAGGUGCUCACAUCUUAAAUUCAGCUUUCACUCCGGGGCAAAGGUGAAUAUUUACGAGGCUCUGCUGAAAAGUGUGCAGUUGCCCGUUAAUGCUGAGAGUUAGGAACAAGAAUAAAAAGACUGCUGAUUUGUAUUGAGUGAAAUUCCAGGAGAGAAAGAGCAGAAAGAUGCAAUAUGUGCAGCAAACAGGGGCAUUACAAUCCAAAAUACUAUUUUCAUGAUUUAUUGAGGACUCAGAGAAAAUAACGAUGAUGCUUCUGUUCAUUUUGAAUAAUCAGACUAACCUACAUGCUGCAUGUCGGAGGAGCGGAGGAGAGACGAACCAAACAGCACAGGAGAAGAGAAGAGAUGUGUGGAGCUUCUCUCUCCUUUUAUUUUGCUUAAUUCUUUUUUAGAAAAUGCUCUUAACACAAUGUUUGUCACCAACUGCACAUUAGCUGAGCCAUUGUCGAUAAAAGUGUUGUAGCGUUUAGUUGUUUGCGAUCCUUUCUGAGACUUUUUGGGCUGUUGGAUUUGUUUCCUGACGCUCCUCUUUCCCAGUGGAUCCAGUGACUCAACCAGUAAUGACCAGUGUCUGCAAUGGGACACAAGCAUAUUAGAACGGAUCCUGGUUCCUGAAAAGAAAAAUCAGGUUUCUGGGGCCCAUGUGAUGUAAGAGAGAGAGAGAGAGAGAGAGAGAGAGAGAGAGAAAAAGAGAUGUUACUUGAGCCUCUAUGGAGAAUUGUGGUUCUGCUACAGGAGCCUUGGUUCCAUUUUAACAGGCCAAAUAUGAUCAGUACAGUGAAGCAGUAAUUGGUAGAUAAGUUGCUAAUGACUUACAUGUUGCAUGUUAAAAUCCAACAGAGGGAUUAGAAACCAGAUUAGAGGAGGAUUGAAGACAUUUAUUCACUUCAAAAAAAUGUCUGCUUUAUGGUAAAUAUGAAGCUACAGUCAGCGGCUGGUUCAUUUAGCUGGCUCUGUCCAAUGAUCAUAAACACUUACUUUGUUUUUGUGAAUGUUGAAUAAACAUUUUUUUUGAUUGAAUGUAGAUCAAUAAGCUUUUGAGGUGCUGGUAGGCUGUUUGUUUGUUUUUUACCUCUGGACAGAGCCAGUUUAAGAGUUUCCCCCUGUUUCUAGACUUAAGGCUAAGCUAAGCUAUCAGGCUGCUGGUUUUAGCUUCAUAUUUAUCGUAGACACUUUAAAUUUUCAAACUAAAUUUUCAAAAUUUUCAAAAUCGUCUUAACUUUGCGUUGAUUCAAAAUAAGCCAGUGAGGCAGAUUUAUCUUUUUUGAGUGACCCUAAAAACCCAAUAAUUUAGUUAAAUGACAAAGCUGUUUUUUACUUCACUUACUGGCAAAAUCGAACUUCGCCUCCAUAAAAACAGCUAAAUUUACCACAAAAAUAAUAAAAUUUACCCUAAAUGAGAAACAUUUAUUUCCUGAGCCAAACCGCUUCAGUAAAAUUCACUGAAGAUGGUUCUGAUCCAUUUUGUAUAAUGGAAUAUUAGGGCCAAUUAAAGGGGAAACAAAUCUGUUGUAAUUCGUCAAGAAUUCAAGGAUAGUAGAACGUCUGCAUGUGCUGUUUAAGGGGGGAAAUCAGAGAUGCGAUGAUGGAUGAGGACGUAAAACUGCAGAGUUUAGUUUAACUUUGACCUUGUAAACAUCAGUGCAGAGGGGUGAGACCGAUUAGAGAGAAUACAUGCAAUAAUCUCAUAAUUGUACUGUGUAAACCCUUGAGGUUAAAUGACCUUAAUCUUUUGAAUGUUUCAUUCGCUCACGAUGCUGGACGUGUAAAAGUAAACUUGACGUUAGGAGGCGAAAAGAAAGAUUUUAUUUGUUUUCUGACAAAUCAGGUGGUUUGUUGCAAUAUAGGCCUUAGUUAAUCAGCCGGGUGUUGGCCAGCGUGAGGUGUUUUUUUGCGGACGGAGCAGGGUUGUUGGUUCCAGGUGUUUUUCCUGCUUCUGUCAGGGGGAAAGGCCGUGGAUCUGGGUCAGUUUUUCCUUUCAGCUCAAUCAGCUGAAACAUGCAAAUGGAAAGGAAUCGAGAUGUAAAUUGCUGUGGGUUCAUUUAACGAUGAAAGGAUGUUUUAUUUGAGCGUGUAUUCCAGAUUUUAGUGCAGAAGUUUUUUGGUUUUAGGAGAGAGUUUACUGAUUGUUGUUAUUUUUGUCGCAAUCGGGUGGAUGCUGUUACAGAGUUUUUCGCACGAACUAGAUUCCUUCCAUAAUUUCAGGUACAUUCACUCAGUCCCAGAGCAGAGUGGAGAGGAGGAGCAAGAUUUUUGCUUCCCAGGUCGACACUGCUCUUGCUGUAGUUCUGGGACGAUGUCAAAGAGACGAGGGGGUGCAGGUGCUGUGGGUUUUCCACAGCUUCUGGAACCACUAGGGCAAUAAAACAUUAUGUAUUAAAACACACCAAAAAAACAGACACACAACUUCAGUUUAUGGAAAAACAUGAAGAUAAAAAAAACAACAACUUUGGGUUUGGGAGGUUUGCAUGUGACAACAGCGAUAAUGCAUGUGUGGAACACCAAAGUAUGACUCUGUACAACUCACUCGAUCUCUUUACUUAUUGUCCUCAUAGGUCAGGGAUGUAUUUUCUAAUGCAUGGCUGGAUGUUUGUGUCUUUUUUUUUUAAAACUUGUGUGUUUAAAGAAAAACAAAAAGCCCAACAUGUACUCUUUUAGCUGAAGCAUUGUGCUUGGUGUGGGUUAGUACACUUUUAACAAGCAUGUGACUUUUUACAGUUUUGCACAUUUAUCAGUGAAGUUUCCGGCAAGACGUGUGUGACGCUCCUUGUUAAAAGUGUCGGCGAGAAACUCCAAGCCGUGAAUACUUGAAGUGCAACUCGAGCGUUUCAGUUCCAAUGCAGUGGAAAGUUUUUAGAUUUUUCCUUUUCUUUCUCGGAGGGGGUGUUGCUCUUAAUAUCCCAAGCCUUCUUACUGUUGACUCUGGAAUGUUCAGGCAGCGCGGCCGCCCGCUCGGCCUGCUGGGAGGUUGAGUUCUUACCUUUUGAUUCCAUCUGGUGACUUAAAUUUUUUCUCUUUUUUUUCCGAAAAAAAAGUCAAUGAAUGUGAGUGGAUUUCAGGGAAAUCACUUUUAGUUUUGAUGUUUGACGAGCCGGGGGGGGGGGUCUGACAUUGCACAGAACUUGCACAUAAUAAGUUUUUAAAAAAACAAAAACAGUAGAAUUGUGUUGUAUAAGAGAGAAAAAAUAACUGUGGAUAUUUAUUUUUUUGUUUUUGAGUUUUCCUAUCUAUAAAGGACACUUUUCACUAUAGUUUCCAAAAGGGUAAAGUAAAACUUAUUCUAUUUACUGUUACAGGAGAUGGUUUAGAAGUGGACGGAGAAAUGUGUGUUUGUUUGCACUUGUGAGUGGUCGUGUCACGGUUGCUCACGUGAAGCAAAAAGCAAGGAUGUGUUUAAAAUGUCAUCUCUGUGUUUGUACUUUGGUUCUUGUUCUUUGUUCGUUGCAAUUACCUGGUUUACACUUAACUCUGGAAUCAACGGCUGCAAUACCAGAGGUUACUUACGAGUCUGUCGUCUCUGUUCUGGUGUUUUAACUCAACUAGGAAACGUGUUUUUUGUUUUUGUAUCUGUUCUUUAAACUUCAGGCAGGGUCACACACUCGCAUGCACACACGCAAGAGUUUGGCCUUUGCACUUUUUUCAGUGGCAGCCGUGUUGGCUCCACCAUCCUGAUCACUGAACGAAUGUGACGCUGUUUUCUUAUUUCCAGCCAGCAGCUGUCCAGUGGCAGCAGCAUGGCGGCCACGCAGUUAGUCCGACCUGGUCGAAGUGUGUGUGUGUGUGUGUGUGUGUGUGUGUGUGUGUGUGUGUGUGUGUGUGUGUGUGUGUGUGUGUGUGUGUGUGUGUGUGUGUGUGUGUGUGUGUGUGUGUGUGUGUGUGUGUGUGUGUGUGUGUGUGUGUGUGUGUGUGUGUGACUCUGCCUCCAGUAAACUGUGUUAACGAUGGAGGAGAGAAAUGCCUAAAUACUUCUGAUCUUCACUGAGAUUAAAUCAAGAAAAAUACUUAAAGAAUGGGAAAGCAAGUAUGCGCAGUGUACUAUAUAUAAUAUGCCUUGUUAUUUGAGAAAAAAAGAUGUAAAUAUACAUAUUUCUCUUUAGUUUCUUCUUUUUUGCUGCUAUGAAAAAGAUGAUUAUUUUUGUUAGUAGUUUUGUUUUCUAUAUAAAGACUGUAUAUAUAUAUAUAUACAUAUAUAUCUCUCUGUGUUCUGUAAAUAUGCUUGAGCCUUCAUAUGUAGGACUCUGGAUGAACACUGUAUGAAACUCACCUUAAAUCUGUUCAGAAGUUAAACAACAACGACUCAUUUCAUUAUUUAACCUUUUUCAAUCUCACCAUCAGUUAAACAAAAAAUGAAGAGCACAACGACACCACACGACAAAAGAAAACAAGACUUAAGACGAGAUAGAAACUUCUUUCUUUUAGUUAGUGAAUCAUUUCCUGUGGGUAGAAAAGUGAGUUUUGUGUCUGCGUCAUCAGACUGUUGUCAGCUGGAGAUCAAAUCCCGAGUGUGUGCAGGAAACUCAAAUCAUGAUUACGACCUUCACUUAUGUUCCUAUUUUAUUGAGUUGUGUGUUUUACCAGUUCAUGCAGGAAAUAGAUCAAAUACACACGUCAUUUAGAAGACAAACUAUUUCUGUUCUAAUUAAUCCUAAAAAUAUGUAUUUUAAAAUGUAACUGUAUUUAGAAACAAUAUGCAUAUAAUGUAAAAUCAAAAGAUUCAUGAAUUCAGAAGGUUAGACAUUUUUUUUCAACUUACUACAAGUGAAGGUAAUUAAUAAUAACUUCCCCUAAUGGUAUACAUUUGAAUUGCAUUACAAAUACAGUUUGCCGGUUUCACUUGGUAGAUUGUUGUUAUGUAAAAUAUGAGCAGGAAUGACUCAUUUAUACAAAUUUGGUAACAGAGAAGAGAAAGCAUCCUCAGCUACUUCAGACAGAGCAAGAAGAAAAAUAACAAUAAAAGUUUUAAUUUUUUCA